AUGAAGUAUAACAAUAACGACAAUGACAUAAAUCUAAAUCAUUUCGCUGAGCUACAUAUCGAGAGAGAAAAUACAGCAGAUGGUCAAACUUUAUCUAGACAAGCAAGUGUGUUGGUCAACCGUGGUCAUAGUUGUAGACGAAACUUUAUUCCUUUGCAAAGAUCACAGGUUUCUUUGGAAAUUAAUAACCCAGAAAGAAGGCAUACUUUAGAACAAAUCAAUACAUCUGUUAACCCUGAAAUACACGAGCAAAAUUCGAAUUCUACAUUAAGAGAAGAUGCAGUUCAUACUUCUGAGAAUGUAUCAUAUGAUGGAACUAAUGCUGCAUCACAGAAUAUCUAUAAUCCUGAAAGGAGACAUACUUUAGAACAAAUUAAUGCAUCUGUUAACCCUGAAAUACACGAGCAAAAUUCAAAUCUUAUAUUAAGAGAAGAUGCUGUUCAUACUUCUGAGAAUGUAUCAUAUGAUGGAACUAAUGAUGCAUCACAGAUUAUCUCUCUUUUAGAUUCAAGUGAUGAAGACAUUUAUCGUAUUCCUCCAGAUGAUUACAGCAAUCUCUUUCAGGAUGAAAUUGAGGAUAUUCCAUAUUAUCCAGUAGAACAAUCUGAUAAACGUACAUCUGACUGCUGUUGUGUUUGCUUAGUAGAAAAAGCAGAUCAUACAUUUAUUCCCUGUGGCCAUUUAUGUUGCUGUAUAGAUUGCAUCUUGAAGCAGCAAUCAAAAAAUUGUCCAAUUUGCAACACACACUUUGAUUCUUACAUGAAAAUAAUAAUUCCAUAA